CAGCUAAUCGACGACUUAAGUAACCGAUUCAAGUAGCCAAGAUGUUCAAGUUUCUGCUCGUUGCCGCUCUGGUACCAGCCAUGACCCUGGCUGCUGUCAGUUUCACCGCAUGUCCCAACGGUGCCCCCACACCAGCCUCGCUGACCGUCAACGAUUGUUCCGGUGACGUUUGUACUAUGACUGCAGGACAAGCUGUGAAUGCCCUGGCCACUGGAAUAGUGAGCCCCAUCGAUAGUGCCUCUGCCACCGCUCACAUCACCGUCCGACUCGGUGGUUUGGAUCUUGGCUUCGUGAUUCCCCAGGAGCUGGCGAAUGCUUGCACCGUUGGAAUUCAGGGUGGCUGUCCGCUUUCUGCCGGAACUGGCUUCAACUACGCUCUGUUCGAUGACUCCCUGGAUGUGCCGGCCCGUGGUGUUGCCGUGGAGAUCGAGGUCGGUCUGACCGGGGACGGCGGUGUUGCGCUGGGUUGCUUGAGAUUCAAUGCUAUCAUUGCUUGAGAAGGAUUGUGUGUGCAUUGUUUGUUUAUUUGAUGGAAUAAAUCCGUUUUGGUCAUGUUUUGAUAUUCUGA